GAUUACUUUAAAACUUUAUCUUCACCGUAAACAUAAAGCGGAAGAUAUGAAGUUUUCAGUAACAUUUGCUUUAGUGAUACUCGUACUUCUACAACUAUGUUCAACUAUAUCGGCUAGACCACCCAAAGGUGGCAUUGGCGAUGGUUAUAUAUAUCCCGUAACAAAAAUGGGAACUAAACCCAAGAAAACUACUACAUAUUAUGCUAAACCAUUACAUCCCCCUAAACCCAAACCUAAACCUCAGGUUUAUAAAGUUAUUAUACAUGAUCAACCGGCCAAUAAAGCACCUCCUCCAAAACAGGAACAAAUUUUUAAAAUAAUAACAUUACCAAAACAUUCGGGACAGAAUGGAGGAGGUAGUUCCCAUGCUGGUAAAUCGGUAAAAAUUUUAAAAAUCAUACAUGUUAAACAACCAAAAGGUGGUCAAGGUGGAGCUUGGGGAAAAUAAUUUUGGGUAAUAGUAAUAUAAAUAAGUGAAAUGUAAAUAUUUAUAUAAAUUAUUUUUGUUA